AUGGAUACAGAUGUUCUAAGAAGAAAUAACGGUGCGGACUACAAUCACUCAAUUGAUCCUGAGUAUCAGAGACUACGUGCAGCUGCCGAUGACGCCAUAAAGAGCAGGCAGAAACUGUCAGCGGAAUCUCAAAAAGCAUACAAGAGUGGGGACAAGGCUAAGGCCCAUCAGUUGAGUGAAGAAGCCAAAAAGAAAGCUGCAUUAGCCGAUACAUUGAAUCUACAAGCAGCAGAGUAUGUGUUUGUGCAAAAUAACGCUGAUUCCUCUAGUAAUGAGAUUGAUUUGCAUGGGCUUUAUGUUAAGGAAGCCAUGUGGAUAUUGAAGAAGAGAAUGGCAUUUGCUGCUGAUAAGGGAGAACUGGAAUUACGAAUUAUCACUGGUAAAGGUAAUCAUUCUCAAAACCAUAUAUCUAAGAUUAAGGAAGAAACAAUAGAGUUAUGCCAGAGCUUGGGCCUAAACUACCAUGUAAACUCAAAGAAUACAGGUGUGGUCAUAGUUGAAGUUGAUAAAAAUAAAAUUCCAACAGACUGGGUUAAUCCUGAGAGCACGGUAUCUGAGCCCAAACCUUCUGCAAAGAUUAAUUCUCAUACACAAUACCAACAGUCCCAGAAUGCUGGUUAUCAACCUCAACAAGGUCCUACGUACCAACAGGGUCCGUCCUACCAGCAACAACCUCAACAACAGUCACAAACUUCUGCUGGUGGUAUCGCUGCAUUGGUUGCUGGAUUAUUAUGUUUGUGUCUUAACAAUGAUCGGAAAUGA